CUUUUUUAGCACUACUUGAGCUCGCCUCUUCUUUUGAAAGACAUCUAAUCCAGAACCCUACGCCCAACCCUCCUCCUCUCUUUCUUUGCUGAGUGUUUUUUGUCUCCCUCAGCCAUGUCUUCUUCAUCUGAUUCCUUUUCCUCACAGACACUAAAUAUAGGCAUAGUCGGUUUUGGCACAUUUGGGCAGUUCCUGGCAAAGACAAUGAUCCAACAAGGCCAUACCAUAAGUGCAACUUCUCGGACAGAUUAUUCCCAGCUGUGUCAUCAAUUGGGUAUUUCCUUCUUCAGGGAUGUAGCUGCAUUCGUUGAAGCAGAUAACGAUGUCAUAUUGCUAAGCACAUCCAUCCUAUCUCUAUCAAAGAUGCUCAAGUCAAUCCCAUUCCGUUGCCUUAAACGCCGGACACUCUUCGUCGACGUGCUUUCCGUCAAAGAACACCCAAGAGACGUUCUCUUGCAAGUUUUGCCAGAGGAAAUGGACUUGCUUUGCACUCAUCCCAUGUUUGGACCCGAAAGUGGCAAAAGUGGGUGGGAAGAUCUUGUUUUAAUGUAUGACAAAGUUCGGGUGAGGGAUGAAGCUACGUGUUCCAGCUUCCUACGCAUCUUUGAACGUCAGGGUUGCAGAAUGAUGCAAAUGUCCUGUGAAGAACAUGACAGACUGGCUGCUAGGAGUCAAUUUCUUACUCAUGCUAUCGGCAGGAUUUUGUCAGAAACCGGAAUUGAAUCUACGUCAAUUAACACCAAAAGCUUCGAAACACUAGUUAAAUUGAAAGAGAGCACCACCAAUGAUAGUUUCGAUCUGUUCAGCGGAUUAUUCAUCCAUAACAGAUUUGCCAAACAAGAGUUGAUGAAUCUAGAGCAUGCUUUUCAAAUGGUCAAGAAGAAGCUGCUACAGACGGCGAACGAAGAGCAAAUUCCCAACAAGUCUAACCAUCAAAUGGACUCUUGCUAACAAAAAUGUUCCAUUAAUUGUUGACUCAGACCUUUUUUUCACCCUUUUCAAAUUUUUAAGAAUAAUCUUUAAAAACAUUGGUACGGUCAUUACAAGCCAAGCAAGCUGCAGGCUACUUCCUGUUUGAGAAUAGCAAAUAGUAAGGACAUUAUAUAAUUAAACAAAGAUUUCCUCAGA